AUGAGUAUGGCAGACUUAUUUGAAAAAUGCGUUUCCUUCAUCAACGCCCUUCCCAAAACUGAAAUGAUAUCUUUGGAGGAUAAAUUACUUCUGUACAAAUACUUUAAGCAAGGAACAAUUGGAAACUGUAACAUAGGUGCACCAAGCAUUUUUAGGCUUCAGGAAAGGAAAAAAUAUGAAGCAUGGAAAUCAAUUGAAAAUCUAAGCAAAGAGGAAGCAAAGAAGAAGUAUGUCGAAACGGUUCAGGGUUUGUACCCAGAGUGGGAAAAGGAAAUAUAG